GACAUUGCAAUGGCUUCCUUAUCCACCUCUGUUGUAGCUUCGGCUCCGUCGCGUUUAUGGCAUCCUGCUUCGAACGGGAAAGUCAGCGUUCCUUCCGCUUCGAUUUCUCUGCGUGCGGGUUCGAGACGGAGCCCGUUCUCUCUCAGCUCGUCUACUUCCGCCUCCGCUUCUUCUCAGCUGCUCCACUGCUUGUUUCUCUCUUCCUCUCUCUCCCUGUCGUCUACAUUCUCUGGAUUAUCGUUUAUACGAGCUUUUGUUGAAUUCUAUGAAGAAUUUGAGAAUCCCAUUUUGGGCUUGUCCAUUGCGUUUGAUCUCAGCAGUGGAACUAGUGGAGUGAAUGGCCAGAAACGCAGAGGCCUUGUGGUGAGAGCUGGAAAAGCUGCACUGUGUCAAACAAAGAGAAGCAGAUCAAGAAAAUCUCUGGCUAGGACUCACGGUUUCCGCAGGAGGAUGAGAACCACCAGUGGUAGAGCAACCAUCAAGCGCCGACGUGCCAAGGGACGUUGGAAUCUCUGCCCUAAGUCCAACCCUAGCAGUGGCAAACGGGCUUGA